AUGUUACCAUACCUCAAAAGGGUCUCUUCCCUUCCAAGUUUACAUAGGUUGGUUGAGGGAAUAAGCUCAUAUAGUCCUUUGGAAGUGAAGAUUUUGGCAGCAAAGGCCGUAUCCUUCUACUGUGAGAUAAACGACACGCACAAAGGCAAUGUGUACAAACUUUACCGGAAGGGAGGGUUAAAAUCUUCAAAAUAUUUGCUAGAGUUGAAUAAAAUUUCUCGAAUUUUACAGGAAAGGGUAAAUAGCACGGAUCCCUCCGAAUGGACUCCAGACGAGGUUUUACCGUUUAUGUCCUUGCUUUCAAGAGCUAAUGGACCGAUAAAUCACGACAUUAUCGCAUUAUUUCACUCUAAAUUUACUAAUUUGGCUGGUUUUGGUAUCUCCGACUUGGCGAACAUGUUGGUUUAUUGCAGAAGACUUCGCCUAGGUCCGAAUAUCCCUCAUGUUCUCUCGUAUAUCAGUGAUAAUAUGGACUAUCUCUUGGAACGAGCGUCUCUGAGGGACAUUUGUCUCCUAUUGAAUACCCUGCGGAUGUACAACUGUGGAAAUAAAACGAAAUAUAAACUGGAUCAUGGAACUUUGAAUCGCAUUUUAGAGCAUCUAAACUCUUCAAGGAUCUUUAGAGAGUCGGUAGUUGGACGUUACAAUAUAUUUAAAGGUUUUGACGAGGAUGUCGUGGAUACUGAUGUUUAUAGCAAUUUGACAUUUAAGGAUUUGACAAACAUAUUCAACGCCAUAGUUAGACAUGUUUCGUCUGAUUACGAGCUGAGUAUUAAAAAUCUGAUAAAAGAAAGCACAGAUAAGGCUACUGUACCAUCCGAAGAGAGGUGUGCAGGGUUUGAGGAUCCCAUUUUUGAUGUCUCCAAUGCACCGAAUAAUGCUCUCUACACUUUUUCCAACAACUCAUAUAGAUUGAUAUCGCAGUUUAUAUCUCAGAAAAUGGACGAUUUUCAGGGUAUUAUUGAUGUCAUUGAUUCCAUGGCAGUCUUGGGAACUGUUUUAGAAAUUAGUGAAUAUACACACAAUCGCAUGAUCGCAAUAGUCUCUGCUUUAUAUGAUCGAAUAGAUGAAUAUUUAUCAUGUGAGAAUCCUGAGCCAAAGUACUUUUAUGGAACACAUAUGCGUGUUAUAAUGAGGAAUUUGGCAGUUUUCAGGCUACACAGAGUAAACACAGUGGCUUGCAUUUCAAAAUACAUAGGAAGAUCAAUGUUCUGGAGCGUGGGAGGCGUAUUGGACUGUUUGAAUGCUGUUUCAUUUUUUGGAGCGUCCAUAACGGAUGAAAACCGUUGUGAGCAUCUAGUACAGAUUUUGAAUUCAUCUACGGCACAUACUGAAGUGCAUAGGAAUCUCUCUACUCUGCUGGUAAACUCUCUGGAACUAUACUAUUCCUGUCAUAUUAAUCUACUGGAAAGGUUACUAAGGAGAUGCCUAGGAUACAGGGAUGACUUGUAUACUUGUCUUUCGAUUCUACACCUGUAUAAUCACAAAAUUUUUAGCCGGUUAUCAGUAGGGACUUUGGACGCCCUAAAUAGGAGCAUUUCACAAUACAAUGUAAAGGGGCACAAAACUUUUCGUUCUAAUGUUGAUGAAUCCCUAGAAUUUGUGGACAAAAGAAUGAAUGAGAUCACGUUUGGAUUCUCGGAUACGACAGCAUGUAGUCUCUUUUAA